AGUGUUUUUUCUCACACAGUGUACAAGAUGGUGUCUAUAUAAAUAAUGACUGAUUUUCAGUUUCUUUUUUUUUUUCUUACGUUUUAUUCAAUAUGCCUUUCCGUUGUAAAUGUGGUAGAACCUUUGAAAAGACAGAUACAUUUGCAUCCCAUACUUCCUCUUGUGCUCCUUUCCAUCAUCGUCGUAUGUCAGACACAACUCAAUUGUCUACCAACAACUAUCCAGCUUCACAACCACAGCGUCAAUCAUUGCCUUUUAUUACAACAUCUACUGAAUCUCUUAUGGAAGACACAAGUGAUUUGUCAAGCUCUGCACCUAACACAAGCACUUUCUUUAUGCCUACUGCGCUUUCACUUCAAAAUGCAUUUGAAGGUGCCAGAAGAAGAUCCAUGUCUUAUGGUUCUUCACUUAAAUAGAGAAAAAAAAAUACCCUUUUCUCUCUCUCUCUCUUUUUAUUUAUUUAUUAAGAAACCAUAAAAAAAUUUUUUUUCUUUACUCUUUCACACAUAUCCAUACACUGCAUUCUGUCUACCCUAAAUAUUUAUAUGUAUAUAUAUAUAUAUAAUAAAAUAAAAAAAAUUGAUAGCUUAAUUAAGUACCUG